AUUAAGUUACAUUAAACAGAUAAAAUUAAAUAUAAUUAAAUGAAAGUAAAUUAACUCAAAAAAUUUAAAAUAAAUUAAAAAUAAUAACAUUAGGUUCAAAAUAAGAGAAAACAACGAAAUUGAAGUAUGAAAUUAACCAAUGCAGAAACAGCGACGAUAAAAAACUGAACUGGCGGCGGCGGCGGGCCCGUUUUGGGUGUGAAAAAGCGGAGCCCGUGUGCCGUGGUACCGCCGGGCGAUGCCGUGACUCGGAUUCGAACCGAGGUUGCUGCGGCCACAACGCAGAGUACUAACCACUAUACGAUCACGGCGCGCUACCGGGGCUCUGGGCGGGCGUGGCGGCGUGGCGGCUGUUGUUGCUGUGUGUGGUGACGUGUGGCGGGGCCGGGCUGGUUCCCGGUAUCCCCGGGAGUGUCUUGGUGGGGCCGGGACAGUUCCCGGUAUCACCGGGAGUGUCUUGGUGGGGCUGGGGGCCCAGCCCAGGCGCGCCGAGGGAGGUCGCACCCGCAGCUUUCGCGAUUUCCCCCUUUGUCACCCACACACUGACCUGCGCCAUGGCCCCUCCCCAACCCUGGCCAGCCUUAGCGGCGGGAUUGGGCAAAAUCCACCGGGGGAAGGCGUGGAAGUGACACGGAGAGCGGUUUGUUUACGGGCAGUCUGUGGCACGUGGUGCCCUGAGUGCCCCGUGGUGUCAUUAAUCACCAAUCAGUCUGAACUGAUUCCUGUCAACCCCUGUUUGCCACCCUCGGAGCCACAUCACCGCUCCCUGGGCAAACAAAGAGCGGCAGGUACCAGCGGAGUGCACAAACCUGGGCAUGCAUUCCCAUCAUCCCGCCUGAAAAGGCUUGUUUUGCCUGGGGGAAAAGUCUCCCGGCUGACCUUUCUUUGGAUGGCACGGUGCCGGCACGGCCACGCCGCCGGCCCCCCCGCCCGGCCGGGUGUGAGCCCCGGGAGGAGCCGGGGCGGCCCCGGCGCCGCAGUGCCCAGCCCAGCUCUUUGGACCGAGCUGUUAAUAGGUAACCGGGGCACGGGACCGGGAGCUGCGGGGCCGGCGGGGCUGGCGACCUCUACAAUUCUCACAGCAAAGACAGCAUCUUACUGCCCCUGUCCUCACACAGAAGUGCUUCUACAGCUGAUCACUGCCUUGCCUGCGACUCUCUGCUCUUCUCUCAUCCUUCUCCAGCCAGCAUUGGGCCCUCUCAGUGCUGUUUCCCAUAUGCACUGAAGCAAAGGAACUUUUGGAGAUGGAAGGAAACCAGAUAACCCUGGACAGCCUUGAGAAGGGCACAGAUAACCCAGCUUUCAGCUUCGAGGGAGAGAAGAGACACUAUGAGGAACGUGGUGGUGCACACAAUGAGAGCCAAGAGGAGAGAAGAGGAGGGAAAGGGAGAUUCUCUUCCUACUGCAGGAAGGCCCUGCAGCCAGCAUCCAGGGCAAAGCAUUUCUGCAAGGCUCAUGCCAAGGUGUUGAGAAGAGUCGUCCUGGGGCUCCUUGGAGUAGCCUACCUGUGCUACUUCAUUGCGGCCUGUUACCUCAAUUUCCACCGAGCCCUUGCCUUGGUGAUCAUAACUGCCGUGGUUGCCUUCUUCGUCUGCUGGGAAAUCUUCAAGAAGCACUGUGGGGCAAAGGUCCUGCUGCUCCUCCACCCCGUUGGGAAGUGCUUCCAAAAGUCCUGGCCGUGGCUGAAAUGGCUCCUGUGGGUGGCCCUCCUGGCAGGCUUGAUUGUGUGGCUGGUUUUGGACACUGGCAGAAACCCAGAGCAGCUCAUCUCAUUAGGUGGCUUCUGCUUUUUGGUGCUGUUCCUGUUUGCCUUCUCCAAGCACCACGGUGCGGUGUCCUGGAGAGCAGUUUUCUGGGGUCUUGGUUUGGAGUUCUUACUCGGAGUCUUUGUCCUCCGAACCACUCCUGGCACCCAAGCUUUCCAGUGGUUGGGAGACCAGGUCCAGUACUUCCUGAGCUACACCACAGCUGGCUCCAGCUUUGUCUUUGGGAACACACUCAUUGCAGAAGUCUUUGCCUUCCAGACCCUGCCCAUCAUUGUUUUCUUCAGCUGUGUGAUGUCCAUCCUCUACUACCUCGGUGUCAUGCAGUGGCUUAUUCUCAAGAUCUCCUGGCUGCUUCAGAUCUCAAUGGGCACCACUCCCACUGAGACUCUCAGUGUGGCAGGGAACAUUUUUGUGGGACAGACCGAGGCCCCGCUGCUCGUCCGCCCGUACCUCCCGGACAUGACCCUGUCAGAGAUCCAUGCUGUGAUGACUGGUGGCUAUUCCACCAUCGCAGGCAGCGUGAUGGGUGCCUACAUAUCCUUUGGGAUCGAUGCAGCAUCACUGAUCGCAGCCUCUGUGAUGGCCGCGCCCUGCGCCCUCGCCAUGGCCAAACUUGUGUACCCUGAAGUGGAGGAGUCCAAGUUCAAGGGCAAAGCAAGCAUCCGCCUCUCCAGAGGGGAAGAGCAGAACAUCCUGGAAGCUGCUAGCAACGGGGCUGCCGCCUCCGUGGGGCUCGUGGCCAACAUCGCGGCCAACCUCAUCGCCUUCCUGGCCGUGCUGGAGUUCAUCAAUGCUGCCCUCCGCUGGUUCGGGGAGAUGGUAGACAUCGAGGGUCUCACCUUCCAGGUGAUCUGCUCCUAUGUCCUCAUGCCUGUGGCCUUUCUCAUGGGGGCAGACUGGGCAGACUCACCGGUGGUGGCUGAGCUCCUGGGGAUCAAGAUCUUCCUGAACGAGUUUGUGGCGUACCAGCAGCUGGCCACGUACAAGAAGAACCGUCUGAUGGGCCUGGAGGAGUGGGACGGGAGCCGGAAGCAGUGGAUAUCUGAGCGAGCCGAGAGCAUCACCACCUUUGCCCUCUGUGGAUUUGCCAACCUCAGCUCCAUUGGCAUCAUGCUGGGAGGCCUGUCUUCCAUGGUGCCCCAGCGCAAGGGGGACUUUGCCUCCGUGGUGCUGCGGGCCCUGCUCACUGGCAUCUGUGUCUCCAUGCUCAAUGCCUGCCUGGCAGGUCUCCUCCAUGUGCCAACACAGGUGGGUGACUGUGCAGUGUUCUUCGGCACCACCAACUUCAGCUCGACCAGCUACACUAUGUACACCUGCUGUAAGCAGCUCUUUGCCAGCUCGGUGCUCCAGAAUGGGACUCUCUCCUUCACAGGAUCCUGGGCUGAGCAGGCAGACAGCAUGCUCUGGCUCAGAGAGUGCUGUGGGCACUACAACCACACGUCCUGUGCAGGGACAAUCUAGACCUGGGGGAACACCAGGGCCUACAAGGCCUAUCCCCAAAGGUAGAAAAAAACCUUUUAGGGUUUUUUCUACAAAAAAACCUGAGCAUUUGGUCUUCUCCACUCCAGUGCUGAUGGAAGCUGUGUGCACCUGGCAACCUGCAGCCUUAGGUGCUGUGAACACAAGGGAGCAGCUCCCAAAUAAAUUAUGGCAUUUGUGCCUGCCCUCAGACCCCU